UAAGCUUGCCACAUGUACAAGAAGAUAUCUCUAAAGCCAAAAACAAAUCAUUUCCCUUUGCUCUGAACAUGUCUGGUUAUCCUCAUACUCCAGCGGGCUACGGCUACGGUGCUCCACCGCCACCCCAACCUCAACCUUACGGAGCCGCUCCUCCAUACGGUGCGCCGGCACCUUCUCAGCCCUAUGGUGCACCCUACGCACCACCUCCGGGCGACAAGCCACCAAAGGACAAACCACACUCCUAUGCACCCCCCCAACCCGGCGGUUACCCACCGUCAGCUCCGUAUGGAAGCCCGUUCGCCUCACUAGUACCCUCCGCUUUUCCUCCAGGGACGGAUCCCAACGUCGUCGCGUGCUUUCAACUCGCUGAUCAGGACGGCAGUGGGUUUAUCGACGACAAGGAGUUGCAGAAAGCACUCUCUAGUUACAAUCAGAGCUUCAGCUUGAGGACCGUUCAUCUUCUCAUGUAUCUUUUCACCAACAGCAACAAUAGGAAGAUCGGGCCUAAAGAAUUCACUUCAGUGUUUUAUAGUCUUCAGAACUGGAGGGCCAUUUUCGAGAGAUUUGAUAGGGAUAGGAGUGGCAAGAUUGAUUCUAAUGAGCUGAGGGAGGCUCUAUAUAGUUUGGGAUUUGCUGUCUCACCAGUCGUUUUGGAUUUGUUGGUCUCUAAGUUUGAUAAAAGUGGAGGCAAAAAUAAGGCCAUUGAAUAUGACAAUUUCAUUGAGUGCUGUCUUACUGUCAAGGGUCUGACUGAGAAAUUCAAAGAAAAGGACUCCUCUUACUCUGGUUCGGCGACUUUCACUUACGAGGCCUUCAUGCUAACAGUUCUGCCAUUCCUCAUAGCAUGAAAGCUGAAAGCCUUAAAAGGGUUUUGGAUUGUGAAUUUGGAAGUUCUUGUGGCUGUUUUUUUGAAGUAUUAUCUCGAUCACUGCUUUACGAAUAAAUAAGUCAACGUUUGGUUAUGUUGUAAAACUUUUUAAAGGGUUUAAUGAAUGUUAGUGUGUAGAUAGAUUUCUAUGUUGUACUUCAUAUCUAAUUUGUUUAGUUGUUCAAAAAAUUCAAAAGUUAAUCAAGAUUGUAUUUGGAUUUAUGAGAA